AUGCAGCAUUCUGUUGUGGUGGUGGAUGUGGGAUCGAGCACUACCAGGCUUGGCUUUGGUGGCGAGGAGGCACCACGCGUGGUGGCUCCAACUGUCGUAGGCACACCGUAUAAUAGCGGCAUGCUCGGGUCUCUGUUGCAGCAUCACGGUGACACAUUUGCCGGGGAUGCCGCGUGGGAGCGGCGCGGACUUUUGGAACUCAGUUACCCCGUCCAGAGUCGUCGUGUGGCCAGCCACAAGGCCCUUGAGCACAUCCUACACGAUGCAUUGUAUAAAUGGCUUCCUCUUGUUCCACAUGACACACCGCUGCUCUGGGUGGAACCCGUCAGCACUUCACGUGAGGACCGUGAACGCAUCUGUGAAAUUUUUUUUGAAAGUUUUGACGUUCCACUGCUUGCCAUGACGAAUGCUGCGGCAGCGACGUUGUACUCCACGGGUCGCACGACGGGUCUCGUGGUGGACAGCGGUGAGGACUGCACCACAGUAAAUGCCGUCUGGGAGGGUUACAGCCUGCAUCACACUUUCUAUUCCUCACCCAUAGCUGGACGUGUCUUGACGGAUCGUUUACUUGAAUAUUUGCGGGGUAAAGGCUACGCCCUCUCCACCCCACAGGAUCGCUGCCUUGUCGAUAAAAUUAAGCGUUUCCUCUGCUACGUCGCCGCCGAUGCCGAAAUUGAGUUGAAAAAUUUACGCAAUAAGCCACGCCCCGAUAGCUACGAGUUGCCCGAUGAGCAGCGCAUUUUUCUUCACGAGAGUCAGUUCAUGGUCCCCGAGCUGCUCUUCAACCCCUCGAGGGCGAACGACGCCGGUUUCGGUGCCGGCGACAGAGAAGUGGGGUGGGCGGAGGCCGUGACACAAGUCGUGCGGCGGGCACCAUCGUACGCACAGCCGCGCUUAUGGGAGAGCAUUGUGCUCGGCGGCGGGAACACGAUGCUCCCCGGUAUCGAGCAGCGGCUGCAGCGAGAAGUGUCGGCGCGGAAUAACGGUGGGGAACAGACGAUCAAUUGCGUUGCUUUUCCAGAUCGCGACUUGGCCGCUUGGAUCGGUGCUUCCGUUGUGGCAUCGAUGCCAACGUUUUCGCACUUGUGUCUUGCUCGGGAGGAAUACCACGAGAAGGGGGCCGCCGCCGUGCAUUUACGGGCGUAG